GAAGAGGAUGUCGGGAUAGCAAAGAUGUCCGCGCUCUUUUGAAAACCUGCUGUAGCCAAAUCCGCAGUUUGGCUCCUGCUUCGGGUUGUUUUCAUGUCGUUGCCAGCGGAGACUCAUCCAAAGCAAAGACAAGGACUCCGCGACAAGAGCCAGACUAUUCCUUAUUAACAGAAAUAAUGCUGAUAUCCGUAACUCAUGUCGGAAGUCGUAUAUGAAGAGACAGCCACAAUGAUCGCCGCAGGGGAAUUGCAGUCUUUUGUCCCAUUUGGACGUGAGCACUGCAGGAACCAUCCAAAUGCCUUCAACCUGCAGCUCAGAGAGCUUCAGCCUGCCUCCGAGCUCUGGUCCUCAGAUGGCGCCGCAGGAUUGGUGGGGUCCCUGCAGGAAGUUAGUCUACAGGAGAGAGAAAGGGAAUGUUGGCAGCUUAGGAAAGGCUGUAUUGGCGUGAGGGAAGAGGAUGUGGAGUUUGAAGAGGAGCUCUACACAGCAGGAAAUGUGGUUGUCUGGAGCCAGGGCAGUCGCACCCAAGCCUCCAAUGUAUACAAGGCCUUUACUGUUGAUAGCCCUGUGCAACAGGCCUUGUGGUGUAACUUUGCUGUUCCUCAGGACAAAAAAGAUGAGGAGGAAUUGGAGCAGACUGUAUGCAUCAUCCAGAGCAGCUGUGUCAACGUACACACUGUGACUGGGAAGGAUUUCAUCUCACCACUUCCGUUCCAGGUCUCAGAUGUUUGGGCAACCAAAUUUGGACUAUUGCUAGAGCGAAAAAACACAGUGACUGAUACACAACUCAGCCUCCCUGGAGAGCCUCUGCCCACUGUAUUCAGCAUGCUGCAUCCUCUAGAUGAAAUUGCACCAGUGGUGUGUAAGCCUGCAGGUCUGUUUGAAGGCUCCCGUGUGCAGUAUGCUUCUGACCCCACCAUGAAGAUUGUGUUCAGCAGUGCACAGCCCUCUGUAGUUGUCACCUAUGACACAAUACAGGGAAUUCACAUUGUAUGGGCUUUGCGCAAGGUUACUCAUGAUGAGCGAUCAGCAGUCCUACGUUGUCCAGAGCCAGUUGGCACACCGUUUAGUCUGAUGGCCUCGGGCUUCCUGACCUCUCACCUCCGUAACAUCCCCCGUCUGGACUCCCCUGGUGGGAGUGGGGCAGCUGGGCUUGGUCCUGGAACUGGAGCAAGCACGGGCUCUCCACUCAACUACAGUACUUUGCACAGCCAUCAGAGCAGGAUAUUGACAUCCUCACCAGCGGUACAUUCUCGUGUUCAUUCCCCAAGUAUAUCCAACAUGGCUGCUCUCAGCCGUGCUCACUCUCCAGGGAUGGCGGCUCCAUCCUUUUCAGGAGUGGCUCGUUUCAGCACGUCUUUCAACACCCCGCCCCCCCGGGGGGGCCAUGGAUUGUUAACCUCUCCUAACAGCACAGUCAAUGAGACGAUGCUGGUGCCAGAGAUGAAGCCCAUCAAGCCUGACCUCUGCAUGGAACAAUUGUGGAGUGAGACAGUUACCGCUGGAUGUCACAGGGAGAUGAGCAGCCAGGCUUCUAAAAUAUUUCUGACCUCUGACGUCUGUGAAAACCGCUAUCUCUGUUUCCUGGUGGAGUCUCACCAACAACUCAGAUGUGUGAAGUUUAUUGAGAGCAAUGAUUCACCUCAGCUCAUCUUUACCUCUGUCACAUCCAUCCCUGCCAAAGAUGCAGAACCUCUGCAGACUAUAGAUGCCAUGCUGGUUCUGGAAGCCUGUGGCAGUCUGGUUCUCUACACGGGAAUCACCAGGGUCAGUAAGGUUUUUGUCUCUGGACUCCUGUUACCCACUUUCACCUUGACCAACCAGCCCCCUCAUCUCAGCACACCAAUGGAGAAUGUGAGCACACCAGCAAAUGCUGGCAGUAGACACCUCCAAAGAAUGGAUGAGGCUGUGAUGCCUUCACCAGUAUCAGAAUUGAGGGGUCCAAACAUGAAACACCAUGAAUCUUCAUUUUUGGAAGAUUACACCUUCCACCAAGCUAUGCCCUUCAUCCGUGCCUUGAGGGAUCCCGUUUGCAACCGUGUCACCCUGGAACUCAACAGUGGCACAAUGGCGAGGAUCUGUAUCCCAGAGAUCGCUACUUCAGAGCUUGUGAGGAAAUGCCUUCAGGCGAUUCGUUUUAUCCUGCCAAAGGAAGCUGCCAUGAAGGUUUUGGUGAAGUGGUAUAAUAUCUACAACGCCCCUGGUGAUCCCAGUGCUCAUGCAGAGUGGAACCUGUUUGUCACCUGUUUUAUGACACUGAUGGGCUACAACACAGAGCGACUCACUUGGACAAGAAACCUGCAUUUUGAAGUGCCUCUCUCCCCAGUGAUUGCAGCCAAGAAAGCAAGACCCUCUGAUGGAGGCUCUGAUGAGGACUGGGACUAUUUGCUGGGAUCUCAUUUUCACCGUCAGAUGAAUUUCCAGCCUGUAUCUGGUUCAGUGGACUCCACAGAAACUGCAGGCCUGUCCUUUAACUCUUCUCCCUCCAGUCCAUCUCUGAAGUUGGAUAGUUCAGCUCCUCUCUUCCCCCACAUACCUGCACUUUUCUAUGUCCUCCAUCUACUCUAUCAGGAGCUGCAGCUGGAUGAGCUUCAGCGGGCAAGAGCCUCAUCACUGGUCUGUCUUCUUCAGCAGCUGGCCAGAGACCUUCAGUUGGAUGAAUACGUGGAUCUCUACUGGAGACAUUAUCCUUCAUUAAUUAGUGGUUUCAAUGAGAACUGCGUCAUAGACCAGGCUAUGAUCGGUCAGAUGCAGCGUCCAUCCUUCAUGAGAGCAGAGCCUCCCUGUGUUUUCAGCUGGCUCAGUAGCUGCUUGAGAGGAGAGGCGAUCUCACCAUUCCCUUACCUCCCUGGCAUCUGUCAGAGGACCAGGCUGCUGGUUCUGAGUUAUGCUCUCUACAUCUCUGGAGAUGAAAAUGCGACUUCAACAAAUGUGUCAAAGUACCUGGUCAAACUCUCUGCAGGCCAGAAGUCCCGUGUCAGUGAAGUGCACUACAGAAGACAGAGCAGUGUGAAAGUCGCAUAUUCCAGUGAGAGCCUGGCUGAGCAGCUGAUGGUCUGGCUCACCUCAGAAGGUUUCACACUGAAGGACCUGGAGUCAGUGCCGUUUGGUGUUGCUCUGCCCAUCAGAGAGGCCAUCUACCGCUGCCGAGAGCAGCCAUCCUCUGAUUGGUCUGAGGAUGUCUGCAUGCUGAUUGGACGACAGGAUCUCACCAGACAAGCUCACAAGAUGACCCUGGCAAAGAGCAAAGCUUCUGUCGGUUCUGGUUUGUCUUUGGAGCCUCCUGUGACCACAGAGGCAGAUGAGGAAGAAGAUGGGAUGUCAGACAUAAUUCAAGAGGUAACAGGGCUGAUCUGGAGUCAGGAUCUGAGGGUCCAGGAGGUCAGGAGGCUCCUGCAGAGUUCCAGACCAGUGCGAGUCAAUGUUGUCCAGCUACCGGAGGUUUCUGACCAUGAGUACAUUGAGGAGAAAGAGAACAAACUACUACAGUUGUGUCAGAGGACCAUGGCUCUUCCAGUUGGCCGAGGACUCUUCACUCUCUUCUCCUAUCACCCUGUACCUACUGAGCCUUUACCUGUCCCUAAACUUAACCUUACAGGCCGCGCUCCGCCUAGAAACACAAUGGUAGAUCUUAACAGUGGAAACAUUGAUGUUCCUUCUAAUAUGACGGGUUGGCCCAGCUUCCAUAACGGAGUCGCUGCUGGACUCAAAAUAGCCCCAGCUUCACAGGUUGACUCGGCUUGGAUCGCAUACAACAAGCCAAAAAGUCCUGAGCUGGCAAAUGAGUAUGCAGGUUUCCUCAUGGCUCUGGGCCUCAAUGGACACCUCACCAAGUUGGCUACGCUCAACAUACAUGACUACCUCACCAAGAGCCAUGAGAUGACCAGUAUUGGGCUCCUGCUGGGCGUGUCUUCAGCCAAACUUGGCACCAUGGACAUGUCAAUUACUCGCCUGCUUAGUAUACACAUCCCUGCCCUGCUCCCACCCACAUCUACUGAGCUGGAUGUUCCACACAAUGUGCAGGUUGCUGCUGUAAUUGGCAUUGGGCUAGUGUACCAGGGAACAGGUCACAGACACAAUGCUGAAGUCUUACUGUCUGAGAUAGGGCGCCCCCCUGGUCCAGAGAUGGAGUACUGCACAGACAGAGAGUCGUACUCACUUGCUGCUGGUCUGGCCUUGGGCAUGGUCUGUCUGGGUCAUGGCAGUAACCUGAUAGGGAUGACAGAUCUGAAUGUUCCUGAGCAGUUGUAUCAGUACAUGGUGGGAGGGCAUCGCAGAGCUCAGGCUGGGGCCAACAGGGAGAGACACAAGUCCCCCAGCUACCAGAUCAAGGAAGGUGACACAAUCAACGUGGACGUGACAUGUCCUGGGGCCACGCUGGCCCUCGCUAUGAUUUACCUCAAGACCAACAACAGGUCCAUUGCUGAUUGGCUGAAACCUCCAGACACUUGGUUCCUGCUGGAUUUCAUCAAGCCAGAGUUUCUGCUGCUGAGGACCCUUGCUCGGUGUAUAAUCAUGUGGGAUGAAAUCCUCCCUAAUACAGAGUGGGUCAAGAGUAACAUACCCCAGAUCAUGAGGGGUACUUUUGAUGCCUCAGAGGACAUUAACAUGGAGACAAUGGCCCAAGCCCAAGACUACAUUACAGCUGGAGCCUGUAUGGCACUGGGCUUACGCUUCGCUGGCUCUGCUAACUCGGAUGCCUUUGACUGCCUCUAUGAGUUUGCCAGGACCUUCAUGAAGAUCUUGUCCUUUGCUGGUACAGCAACUGUUCAGACGGGUUAUUACAAUCUACAGACCUGUCUGUCAAUGAUCCUGCUGGCCAUGUCCAUGGUGAUGUCUGGCACCGGGAAUCUCAAGGUCUUGCAGCUCUGUCGUUUUUUCCACAAGCGAACUGGUGGCGAGAUGAACUAUGGAUUUCACAUGGCCCAUCAUAUGGCUCUGGGCCUGCUCUUUCUGGGAGGGGGCAGGUACUCCCUAAGCACCUCCAAUUCAGCCAUCGCUGCUCUGCUAUGUGCCCUGUACCCACACUUCCCUGCUCACAGUACUGAUAACCGCUACCACCUGCAGGCCCUGCGGCAUCUAGCUGUGCUGGCUGCUGAACCACAUCUGCUGGUCCCUGUGGAUGUGGACUCUCUGAAGCCUUGCUACGCCCUCUUAGAGGUCACCUACAAGGAGACGAGGUGGUACGAUGAAACAACGGUAGAGUUGAUGGCCCCCACCCUGCUUCCGGAGCUGCACCAUCUCAAACGGAUAAAGGUGAAGGGACCACGUUACUGGGAACUGAUUGUCGACCUCAGCAAAGAAACACAACAUCUGAAGUCCAUCCUCUCUAGAGACGGGGUGUUGUAUGUAAAACUACGGGCCGGCCAGCUGCCCUACAAAGACGACCCUCAUGGAUGGAAGAGCCUGUUGGCAUCUUCUGUCAACCAUCGCAACUCCGGAGUCCAAACCUUCAAGCCUGAGGCCAUCUCUACAUUUACAUCUGAGCCCGCUUUGGUCUCCUUUGCAGAGUUCUUCUGCAAAACAUCUGAAGGAACAAAAAUAAGGGAGGAUACUCUGGUGUUGUUCUCAGCCAUGUUGUACGAGUGUGUGACGCAGGAGUGUCCAGAGAUGCUGCCCACGUAUAUCGCCAUCGAGCAGGCAGUGCGGGGUUUGCGGCAAGGAGACCUGCUGCAGACCUUCCCCCUUUGGCAGCUGCGUCUGGUGGUGGAGUUGUGGGACAGCAGGAUGCUGCAGGGUGCUGCUAAUCGCCGUGACACCUUGCUCACCUCAGAGUUUCUGCCUGUCAUGAAGAAUAUGGUGGACAUAGCACUGGACAGCUGGCUUAAAGAGAACAGCUCAGUGCUAAGGUCCUACAUGAAAGGCGAGGCACUCCCUGACGACACUCAGUUCAUCACGUUGGCCUGCUUCCUGGUGUACCGGUCUAUCCCUUGCCUCAGGAACACACACACACAACUGGAGGGCUGCAGCUCACUCGGGGAUUUGCUGUCACGUAGCAGCCAACUGGGCAUCCCUCUCAGAGACCUGAUAAGGCUGGUACCCGUUCUUCUGGGCUCUGCAUUAACACCACAGACACUGCCAGGCUUCUCCCUGCAGGCUUUUUGAUCCUGAUCCGCUCAGAACUACUGCACAGGCCAGUAACAACUCAGAGAUGCAGUUCAAAGCCUUACUUCCCCACUGCGAACACAGCAGGACACACAGCUGAUUUUAACAUGUAACACCUGAGGGCGAUUGCACUAAGUGGAACAAACUGCCACCAUGAAAUGUCUUCAUGUGUUGCUGUGUCUUUGUGGGGUGGCUGCCCUUCCUCUGAGUAGAACAGUUUGGAAAGUAAACAUUUUAUUACCUUCUCAGACGUGACAAAAAAGAAAACAUUGAAGAGUUUUGUAAUAUAAUAUUUGUAUUAAGUUUCUUUUUUAACUGUAAAAAGAAAGUUAAGGCGUCAGUAAUGAUACGGCGCACAUGCAACUGUGUUCCAGCAAAUGCUGAAGCAGGACAUUUUCUGAUGAGUGCCAUAAAUCUAGAGACUGUCAACAAACAAGGUCAAACAAGGACCUCGCUGCUUGCAAGGACUCCACAUUUCAGGCCACUGCUCUGAGGACUAUACAAGACAAUAAAGGUUUGAAAAGUA